AUGAGCGAGAGUGCAGCCGCCGAAACGGCUCCUACAGCCUCCGCCAGCACCAAACCCAAGGCUCCCAAGAAGAAGAAGGCGGCGGCCCCCAGGAAAAAACCAGCCGGUCCCGGGUUGGGCGAGCGGAUUGUGAAGAUUGUCGGGGAGAACAGCGAUCGGAAGGGGACGUCUCUGGCCGCUAUAAAGAAGGCGCUGCAGAGAAGCGGGGUCAAUGUGGAGAAGCAGAAUGCACAGAUCAGGAUGGCUACCAAGAGGUGCCUGGCGAAAGGCUCCCUGGUUCUGGUGAAGGGCCAGGGCGUCUCCGGCUCCUUCAAACUCCCAAAGAAUCAGGUCAAGGCAAAAGUGGGAAAGAAGGCGAGACCCGCAGCAGCCGCCAAGAAAGCAGCCGUGAAGAAAACAACGGCCAAGAAGGUGGCAGCGAAGAAAUCCCCAGCCAAGAAAGCAACAGGAAAGAAAGCGGCCGCCAAGAAGGCAGCAACGCCAAAGAAAGCGGCGAAGAAAGCAGCGCCUCAGAAAAAGACUCCCGUGAAGAAGGUGAAAAAGACCAAGAGCCCCAAGGCCGCAAAACCGGCCCCGAAAUCGGCAAAAUACUUGAAACCAGUUGAUGCAAUAUUUCCUCAGUACAAAGCCGAGUGUGCGCAGUUGCUUCCAACUAACAGCAGGCACGUUCCUGUGAUCAGAAUGGAGAAUAUCUUUCCCGUAGUCAGAGCGGAUUGAAUCAGACUUACAUUGAGCUCAAUUUCCAGAGACUUGACCGAGGAAACAACCACCCAAUCCCAACUGAGAAAAGUACAACACCGUGCUCAGUGGCAUCAUCAGUGGAGCCUCCAAUGAGUCAAUGUCAUUCCACUCUUGAGUUGAAUUUAUACUGUUAUGGUCCAUUAUGAGACGGAUGGACAUGUUGCAUUUCAUUUGGCCACGAAGAUUGUUUUGCCAAGAUGUCAACGUCAGGCCAAAUGAAAAGUAGGACAACAUGGAGAGUGACAUAAAUUGAGGACUCAAGGGCAGAGUCAUUAAUUAGCUCAGAGAAAGGGUGUUUCAGGUCAGUGAAUUUUUCUUGUGCCUCUGUCUGGCUGUUUUUCUCCAUUCGGUUUGCUCACUUCCUCUCUCCAUCUCACUCUCUCCCACUCUCUCUCCCUCUUUCUUGCACUCUUGUCUCUCUCUCAUUCUUUCUGUCUCAGUGCCUCCCCCUCUCUGUCUCUUUCAUUUACUGACUACCUCACACACAUUUUCCGUCUGUCUCACUCUUUGUCCUACGUCUUGCUCAUUUCCUCUCUGUGUCUCUCACUCACUGUCAUUCUCCCUCUUUCUGUAUCUCUCAUUGUUUGUGUUGAACUCUCUUUCUCUGUCACCAUUCCUCUUGCUCUUUCUCCCUCUCUGUCAUGUUUCUCUAUCAAUCUCUCUCUCCUUGUCUCCGCCUCUGUGUGUCUCUCUGUGUCUACUGUCUGACUCGCUGUCUCUCUUUCUGUCUCUCACAGUAACGCUCUCCUCUCUCUCUCUCUCACCGUCUUUCUCACUAUUGCUCUCUCAUUGUCUCUCUGUCUCUCAUUCUUUCCCUCUCUAUGUCUGUCUCACUGUCUCUCUGACUCUUUCUUUCUGUCUCGCCCUGCCUCAAACUCUCUUUCUCUCACGAUCUUUCUUCCGCAUAGUGUGUCUCUCAUACUACCUAUUUCUCACUCACUGACUCCCUCUCUCUCUCACACAUUUCUCUCUCUCUCUCUCUCUCUCUCUCUCUCUGUUUGUCUCUCACAGACACAUCAUUCUCUCUGUCUCAAUCGCUGUCUCCCUCUCUUCCUCUCACACUUUGUUUCUACCUGUCUGUCUCUGUCUCUCACACACACACUGUUUCUUUCACCAUUUGUCUCCCUACUCUGUCUCUCUCAAUGCCUCUCUGUGUGUCUUUGUCUUGCAUUUUUUUUUAUUUUUGCUCUUUCUCUGUCUAUCUCUCUGACUCACUCUGUGUAUCAGCCUGUCUCCUCCUUACUGUCUCCCUCUCUUUCUGAAGCAGCUUGCUGAAUUCAUGGCAUUAUAUUUCUAAAUACCUGGUUUGACAAGGUCAUGUCAAAUGCCUGCAGGUCAAGAAACAGCAGCUCAGUGACGAUGUAAUAAAGUCUGAACUCUGCAGGCCAGUGUCUCAAUCAGGGGGUGAUUAUCUGGCAAUUGUGUUCCAGGAGGCAGAAGCGUAAGCUUGGUCCUGCACUUUGGAUUCUGUCUGCACUCAGAGAUAGUACAAUGUCUGGAUGAGAGUGCAGGGAGUCAGACAGAAACCCCGCAGUAGCAGUGGAGAAAGCUCAGCUUUUUUGUUUUGGUGUAUUUGCUGGCUAAAUCAACCGUGAAUUAUCCAGCACAAAUUGUCUUCAAAAUUAUUAAAGUAAACCCUCGAAACUGAGCAGGUCUGGCACCAUCUGUAAGAAGAAAACAGAUUUCCUGCUUCGAGUCUGGUGACUCUUCAUCACAACUGACAGCAGUCAGGAAUAAAUGGUAUUUAUCCUGGAGACUGGAUUUGGGGUGGUAUGGUGGGGAAGGGGAGGGGUGAGAAGUGGUGCUGACAGAGUCCAAAGAGAGCGCGAUAGAGAGAGAUGUAUGAAAAUAUUUGCCUUUAAGAGUGAUUUCUUCUGCUUGGUUUCUCUUCACGAGGGGGUUGUGAAAGAGGUGCUGAGGUGUCUGCUCCAUGACAUGCAGAGGAAGUAUUUUUUUUGUGUGUAAAGUAAAUGAAAGAAGCAUCCUCAAUGCAGCCUCUGAUGAAGUGUCGGUUUGCCUGCCUGGCUUUUAAACUCUGGGGUCUGUUGUGAUGGAUCGCCUCACAUCCAGGUUUCUUCUGCAGUGGAAUGCAUGUGGGAUCGAGUUCAGUGUGUUUAUUCACAGCCUGCUUUGUGGAGUGCCAUGCUUCCAGGAAUUCUGGUGGUUGUGUUUGCCUGGCCUGUCCCAGGAUCUUGGUGUUGUCCCAGUCGAAGUUGUGGUUCUCCUUGUCCAUGUGGAUUGAGAUGAGUGAGUACUGGUCGUGCCUUUUGUAGCCAGUUGGUGUUCAUGCACUCUUGUUCUUAGUUUCCUUCCUGUUUGUCUGAUGUGGUGUUUCUCGCUGUCUCUGCAAGGGAUCUUGUAGAUGACACUGGUCCUGUCCAUGGCAGGGAGUCGGUCUUUAGUUCGGGUGAGCACAUGCAUGAUGUGGGGAGCUGCUGUAGUUUGCAGCGGGGCAUUGACAGCAGGUCAGCAAUUCAUACUGGGAACUCGAAAAUAAACACAAAGAUCUGCACUUGACGUAAUGUGUCACACAUCAGCAAAUGUGCCUCCGUGGCUUGGUGGCGUUCACAAUAUUAAUACGGACGUGACGCUCUCAGUCUUGUGAGGGACACAGGAGCCGAAGUAUUCAGCCAGUCCUUCAGCAGAGCCAGUUGUAGCCUGUGUACUUGUGUAUAUAAUGAGGUGUCUAAUUCCAGAACUCAUCAAACAUUGAUGCGUUCAGAUCUGUGGAGUUGGGAGAAGCCUCCCUGCCCCGUUCCCUGCCACCACAAUCUCAUGCUUUAAUUUUACUUGCAAAAUGGAAAUCAAGUCCAAAUUCGCUGACAAUUGCACAGUGCUUUAAAUCACGCUCAUUAUUACAUGGGAAGAGCCUGAAAACCCUGUGGAGCGCCCUGUCAGAAAAAGAAGGACCCGAAGGAGGGAUGGCUAUUUGAAGUGCGGGUUUUAUUGUUUUUAUUUUUAUGUUUUAUUGUUUUUUAUUGUUCGGAAAGUUCAGCACGAAUCGGUGCCGGUGGUUUUGAAUCUCUCAGGUAUUCAGUUACCAACGUGGUGUCCAGAACAUUUCCCUAACAUUUAUAACGAAUUGAUCAAGAUAUUGUUCAAUGAAGAGGUUUACACAAUCAGAGAGAAAGAAAGUAACAGAGAAUGUAGACGAUUGAUCGGAGAUGCUGCAGACACAUGCGGUUCACCGUUCCUGCAUGAAUAGGAUAGACAAUGAUGCGACAAGUGAUCAAUUAACUCAACUAACUUCACACUUUAAAGGGAUAUUAGACAGACUAAAUGAUCAUAUUGAAGUUUAUGGUCAGGUCAGAACAUUAAAUAAAAUGGAUGUGAUUUCAGGUGAUUAACAAAAGCGAAGACUGAAAAUCCGUGUUUUGGCAGGAAUGGAAUGGGUUCGGGAUACAUUUGAUGUGUACAGGUGACAAACCAUUAAAUGUUACAACAGUUGGAAUUUUUUGGGUGAUCCAAAGUACAACCUGUAUGAGAGUUAGGGAGGUUUCCUUAUGCAGGAGAACAAGGGGACACUUUGUAGGGACACCCAUUACAGAAUCCCAAUAGAUUGAUAAAAUUAUUAUUUGUCCCAAAUCAAUGUGCACAACGGACAAACCAGAUGUAGUUUCAAUUCCAGCGGUAAUUAGACUUUUGACUGUACCCUUGAAGGUUCACAUAUCACUGGAGAGAGGGAAAAAAAAUGUGGAGUUGAAUAUACAGGUGAGGGAAUUAAAUGUAUGUCAGAAGGCUUAAUAGAUAAUUUUUUUCAUAACAUGUCUUGUCCCAUCACUGAGUCGACAUUUUGAAUUGACUCUCAAAUGCUCAUGUGCCAAGGAAUAAUGGAAUUGGUGAACAAGAAAAAAUAAUUUAUUAUUUUUGUCGACACUGACUUCUGUAGAGAAAUGAUUAUAUCUUCUCACAAUUCGCAAAACUAUGCGGUCCAGAAGCCCCACAUGAAAGGAACAUUUGAAAUAAAUAAAAGAGACUUUCACACAGGCAUACAGAUGACAUGUUAAAUUUCAGUCUGAUGCUCACUGAAUCAAGAAAGAUCUGUCAAAAAAUGCAGUAAUGUUCUUGGUGCAAUGGCAUCUGGAAUUGGGGAGGUAAUAUAUGUACGGUCAGAAGGUUUUGUGUUUUCUCUCAUUUGUUUUGUGGAUUUGAUGUAUAUUUCUGUCACGUUUCAACGUUGACGUCAGCAAUAUGUGCAGCACUUGAAAUGGGAAUUAGUUCUGUUCAGAAGUUUUAAUUUUAUAACUAGGAAUUUGUCUUAUUUCACAGUAAUAGUUUAUUAUCUUUAUUGACAUGAUUAUUCAUCUGUUUACCUUCUGACCAUGUUUAUUACUUUAUUACUGCAUUUGUGUUUUAUUUAUCAAUCACUUUUCUCUAAUUAAUUGAUUCAUUACAGUUCAUGUAUAUCAGUAACAGAUAAUGAAAAGGUGCACUUUCAAAAUGUACAUAGUGUAGUAAAUCAACUCAGAAAUAAACCAAGAUACCGUGAAAUGUCCAGUUAUACUCAAAUUUAUUUAUCCUAUUUAAACCGUGAGUAAAUAGUAGCGCCUGUAAUACUACAAAAUUCAGAGACGUACUAAGAGUUUAUGGAUUGAACUACUUGUCUGGAAUAACCAGUAAAGGAUCAAAGACAGGAAAUUGCACUGGCGAUUAAGAAUAAUUAUCAUACCUUGCAAAUAAUGAGUACAAGAUAUGUGAGCAAAAUUACCUCGACACUUGCUUGAUAACUGGUAGCCUUAUGCAACAAGAACAAAUGAUUGCCCUGAAGCAAAAAAUAAGGAGUUACUCGCAAGAAGCUGUGAUUCAGCAUACAGUCUUAUUCCGAAUGUGACCUGAAGUGAGAACGACAGCUCUUGACGUCAGGCUGCGUUCCACUGAGAGUGGCGUCAAGAAGCUCUGGCAAAACUGAAUCAAUGGGUUAACAGGGUGUAAACUCUCCGCUAGUCAGAAUAUUUGCUGGUAAAUCGGAAGUUGACUGAGGCUGGUUUAAAUCAGUCAUUUCAGCUCCAGGGAAUUUCUGCUGGAGUUCCUCAGGGUAGUGCCCUGUAUCUUCAGCGGCUUUAUCAAUGGCCUUCCCUCCAUUACAAGUGGGGAUGCUCACCAACGACUGCACAAUGUUCAGCCCCAUUCAUGACGCCUGAGAUACUAAAGCAGUCCAUGUUCAAAUGCAACAAGUUUUGGGCAACUUCCAGGCUUGGGCUGACAAGUGGCAAUUUAUCUUCACACAACACAAAGGAUAAGCAAUGACUAUCAUCAAUAAGAGAAUAUUUCAGUAUCACUGGUUGAUAUUCAGCGAUGUUACUGUCACUGAAUCACCUAUUAUCGACACCUUGGUGUUCACCAUUGAACAGAAACUGAACUGAAAUUGCCAUAUGAACAGGACGGCCACACAAUUCCCAUGAGUGGUUUGGAAUACUGUGACCAUGAAAUCACCCCCUGACUCCUCAAUCCCUCUCCAGAAACUGCAAUGCACAAGUUACCAGUCAGAUGGGGAACCCUUCUCUUUUCCGGGUACAGCUCCAACGGCACUCAGGAAGUGAGACAGCAUUCAGGACAAAGCUUCUGUUUAACUGGCACGACAUCCACAUGCAGCCCCGGCCUCCCCCACCAACACUGAGUCACAGUACUGAAUACCAUCUACAAGAUGCACUUCAGAAAUUCACCAAAGAUCCUCAGCGAGCAUAUUCCAAACCCACGACCAUUUUCACAUUUGUGGGACAAGGGCAGCAAAUGCAAUCGAACACCACCAUCUUCAAGUUCCUCCC